GCGCCAACCGCCAACCUAGCGCAGCUGUUCGCUGUUGGAUUUUAUUCGUGAAAGUGGAGUCAAUCGAGUUGCACGUGUGUUUCAGCAACGCGCGCGCGUUUCAACGAAAUUAACCGGCAAAAAAAGAAUUGCAAAAGAGUGCACAUAAGUGGUGGUCGAACAAAUUACAAGACAAAAGUGACAGGUUACGCUGAUAAGAAACUGCGCAUAAAAUAGCCGAAGAUAAAAGUGUAAAAACGCAAAGAGAAAUAUAAAAUAAAAUAAAAUUUUUUGUGCAAAAGUGAGCAGUUUAACAAGUGUGAGUGUGUGCAGUUGUGACUCUGUGCAAGUGACAGACAAGCAAAAGCUGCUGACUACGAGAUUCUCGUGCGAGGCGCAACAACAAAUAAAGCGUGCUAAGCGGUGCAGCAUAAUAAACAAAUUGCGCUGAUAGCUGCUGCUUGAACAACAACAACAAUACGACAAGACGGCAAACUAAUUUAUAGACGAACGCUGAUGAGCUGCUAAUUGAAAGCGAUAAAAUGAUGUGUAAAUCGGUGUAAAAUAUGACAGAAAGUGUGGAUAAAAAUUAAAAAAAAAAAUUGAAUUUCCAUUCAAUCACAAGCAACUCUCGCGCGCGUGUGUAUGUGUGUGUUGUGUUUUUUAAUUGCAUAGCGGUCAUACGUCAAGGUGAAAUAAAUUAAAGUGGCUUAGAAAUUCAUAAAGUGAUUUGAGAGAUAUUUUUGUUUGUUUGUUGCUGUUGGCGCAGCAAUGUUGAUAAACAUUCAUUGACAGCAACAUAUUUUCAACAAACUCGCGCUAAGUGCUCAUUCAUCAAGCAGCUGCAAACAAUUUUUACAACAUACAACAACAACAAUCACAACAAUUAAAGGUGAGCGCAACGAAUCACCACAUAAUUCAUUGCUAUUUAAACAGUUUGGCCCAAAACACACAACAAAUAAUUUGCCACCAAAAUUCAAAGCUCAUUACACUAAAGUACUACUUUAAUCAACUGCGCCGCUCGGCAGCCUAAAUUAUGCGCCUCUUCAAGACACGCAAGUCCAUCGACACAUUCGGCAGCACCACCACCACCAACAACACAACCAGCAUCCAUCCGACAUAUCAGCAGCACUACAACAGCGGACCGCAAACCACCACGCCCACACCGACCGCCACAACAUGCGCCGUCAAAUUCAGCAAAACCAUCGCCGGCAGCACAUCCAUCUCGUCGUCGCUACCCGAUCUGCAUGACUCGCCCGUUAUGAUCCUGAGCUGUACGAACCUGAGCGCCAGCCACACGCCCACACCGCGCACACCCACCAGCGUCGGUGGCGGCGGCGUGCUCAGUGCCAGCAAUAGCGGCGUCUCCACGCAAACACAUUCACCAGCUGCAGGUGGCGGCGGUGCCAGCUACACACACAACUACAGCAGCCUCAAUAGCAGCGGACGUCAAACACCAUCCGCGCUGUCGGUGGCUUCAUUAAAUGAUGCGGCGCUGCAGCGAUUGCAUCAUCAUCAUCACCAACAGCAGCAACAACAACACCACAGUGCGACACACUUAUUUCAAAAUGGCAGCGGGGGCGGAGCUGGUGGUGUCGGCGGUGGUGGCGGCAAGUGUAAAAGUAACACUUUGCUGGUGAAUUAUGGCGGCAGCAGCAAUAAUAUUGCGACAGCGCAGCAUUAUUACCAAAAACUCGGACAACAGUCGUUGGGGCAACAACGUAACACCUCGUCAUCGAGCAGUUGCAUCUACGAGAAGAGCAGAAAUGCGAGUUGCCACAACAUUUCACUGACGCCAAAUGGCGACAAGAGUGCGGGGGGCGCGGGCAGUGGCGGUGGCACACCAAUGAAAAGUUGCAAUGGUUCAACAAUAUCGCUGAUGGCGUCAAACGGUCAUUUGCCCAACUAUCAAUUGGUGACCGCAGUGCCUGUUGUCAUAUUGGAUGAUGAAAAGAAAUCUACUUCCAACGCCGGAACGAUAACUGCAAGUGCAACAACAACCUCAACGACAUCCGCAACAACAGCCACAACCACAGCGAGCACAACUGCCAAUAGCGCAACAAGAAAUGUCUUCACCUGGGGCAAGCGCAUGGGCCGCAAGCUGGAUAUACUGAAGCGUAGCGACACCACCAACACACAUAAGUCACACACAGACCUGCGUUCGUUGUUUCACACAUCCACACAUAACAACAACAACAAUGAUAAUGCCAAGGACAACUAUCAGACGCAUACGCUGAAAAAAUGCAAAUCUGGACCCAUUGAGACUAUCAAACAGCAACAAAAGAACCAACAACAGCAGAAAGAGCAAAGAGAACAACAAAACUCACAGCCGUUGCAAAAUGGCGAGGCAAACAACAAGAACCAACAAAAACCAGAUAAGACGAAGGAACACAGCAGCCACACCAACAACUCACAAACGAACACGCCGACGCAACCGAACGCGCAACAACGCUCACAGAAGGCGAUUAAGAACUUCUUCCAUCGCAUCGGCUCCACCGGCAUGCUAAAUCACAAGUCACACAACCUGAUUAAGGCCGCCGAGCCGAGUGGAACGACCGGCAGUAAUUUGUACCGCAGCAGUUCCACUAGUCAGCUGACCAGCUCUUCGUACAUCAAAUGCGACGAUCCCACGGAGGGUCUGAACUUGGCCAACAAUCGGCAGAAUAAGCUACAGAAGAGCGCGACUAACGCCGUUACAAAUCUUAAGUCCAGCAGCUGCGAUGAUAUCGCCAAAGUGGGCACAAGCACCUCACCGAGUGGCGAAGACGCGACGCUGAGCGCACAGCCUCACAACGCAGCUGGGCAGAGCGGAGCGACCGGUCAAGAGUCAACAAAUCGACGUGGCGCCUUCCCCUAUGCAUUCUUGCGUUCGCGCCUCUCCGUUUUACCAGAAGAAAAUGGCGGUUCGGUGAUGAAGCAACCUUCACUCAGCAGUCUACAUGCCAUGGACGCGGGUGGCUUGCAAGAGCUGCACCAGCAGUAUCUGCAGGUGGGUCAACAACGUUCACCAACACCACAGCAUCGGAACUCCACAUCAAUGCUGCCCAGUGACGUAACGACGUUGACCGAUGGCACAUUGGACUCCAUAUCGCUGGCAAGCACUUCUCCAAAUCACCAACAGAAGGUGAUUUACCGGAAUGGCGCCCUGAUCAAGCGCUACUCAUCGGACGACAGUGCGAUCAGCAACUGCUCGCCGCAACAGACUGCGGCUGCGGUCGGUGCAAACGCUUUCAAUGGUGUGUAUGUUAAUGGCGAGGUUCUAGUGUCGCGCAACAACAGCCUCUCCUCCAAGGACUGGGAACCACUUUACCAAAGAUUAAGUAGUUGUCUGAGUUCGAACGAGUCGGGUUACGACAGUGACGGAGGUGGUGGCGGCGGCGGCGUUGGCGGUGGUGUUGCAAACAACAGCAGCGUCGGAAGUAGUGAAAGUACAUGUGGUAGUGUCAUUUACCUCGGUAAUGGCACGAACACACAACUGCUGGGCAAUAAUCUUGGUAUCUCCGGUGGAGAUACGGAAUCUAUUGCGUCGGGUACGUUGAAGAGGAACUCGCUGAUUUCACUCACCUCCUCAGAAAGCGGCGUCGGUUGUGGCGGCUUGCGGAGUAGUAGCAUAUGCAGCACGACGAGUGGUUCGGUCUCACUAGGCGGCUACAACUAUGACUAUGAGACGGAGACAAUACGACGGCGUUUCCGACAAAUAAAAUUGGAGCGAAAAUGUCAGGAGGACUGCAUUGGACUGGUCUUGUCGCCGAAGACCGUGAUGACUUCAACAAAUGAACAGCAAUACCGUUACCUGAUAGUCGAGAUCGAUCCGUAUGGCAUGGCGCAGAAAGAUGGCCGCCUACGCAUAGGUGACGAAAUUGUCAAUGUGAACGGUAAGCAUUUACGUGGCAUGCAGUCCUUCGCCGACGUCCAGCGACUGCUGUCGACAUUCGUGAACAACUGUAUCGAUUUGGUGAUUGCGCACGAUGAGGUCGCCACUGUCACCGACUUCUACACUAAAAUAAAGAUUGACGGCAGCGCUACACAGUCCUACAACUCAAUGCUGUCUUUGAAUGGCGGUAUUGAACCCGCGCCUGCCUCAGCGCCGCCCACAGCCAACCCGCAAAGUGAGUAUUUGGCACGCGCGCGUAAACGGCUCAGCUAUACGCAGCGCACGCAGAGCACGGACAGCAUAAACUAUGAUCUGCAAAGCCUACAAUUGGCGCUGGAGAAUGAGGAUGAGCGACAAAAGCGACGACCCUCUUCGGAGGUUAUGGACUCGACCGCUAGUGAGCUGGAUGUUGACGAUGACACGCGCUCACUGGCCAGUGUGACGACGAUGCAUUCGCUGAGCUCGAUGCCAACGCCGAUGCCGCUAAUGCAGCACAGACGCUGCUCCACACCGCGUCACUCCAUGGACUCAACGGCGAAUGGUGGUGAGUUUGCUGUCGAGCACAUAAGGCGUCGCGCGCGUUCCUCGUCGGGGCAGCGCAAUCUCGAGCUGACGCCACUGUACAAUGCGAGCGCCGAGUACACGCCGGUGUAUGCGAAUCGCGCGUCCAGCAUAUCGCUGGCCACGCACACCAUCAGUGACGAUGAGAAGUGGCAGCUGUUGGCGCGCAAACGUUGCUCUGAGGGCGCGGCAUUGCUGCGCGUUCAGCAGCAGCAGCAACUGCACCAACAGCAGUCGCAGGACGAGCUGCUGGCAGGUUGUGGACGCGUCGCGGGCAAUCGUAGUGCGUCGCUGACUUAUGGCGCGCCGGCGCCGUUGGCUGCGGGUGCAUUUGCGGACGCAGUCGAUGGUGCGGGCGGCCAGUCGCAGCAGCAGGCGCCGGCGUUUCCGUCGCGCACGCACUACACGCGCAACUCCAUCAACCUGUCCAACUCGCAUUAUCGUUCGCUGCGUUUCGCGCAUUCGCGGCUCAGCUCGUCGCGCUUGAGCCUGUUCAUACAGUCGCCAGCGAGUGGCGCCGCCGAGGGCGGUAGACUAACAGCAACAACAGCCACGUCUAAUAACAUUAACAGUAAUUACCAAAACUCCAAAGCCACUAAUAGUACAAAUAAUACUAAAACACAAACAACAACAACAAGCAACACUACACCAACAGCAACAACUGCAAUAAGGGCGACAACCGUAGCGCCGAGAGCGUCAUCUGCAAGCGUUAGAGGCACAACGGAGUGUAACAACACGGACGAUGAUGUGCGCCAGCAGCGAAGACAGCAACAACAGCAGGCGGCGUCUGAUCUCACUAAUAACACUAAUACAAACGUUAACCCGUAUCAUCUCAUUUCUUACCAACAACAACAACAACACCAAAAUCUAAACGAACAACAACAAGCACACCACCAGCAGCGACAUCAUCAUGCCGCGCCUUCACAUUUAUACCAACAACAUUUAACCGUACCAACAUCUUCUAUGCCAACAGCAUUAACCACUUCGAACUCGAAUUCGAGCUCGUCUUCGAAUGCAACAACAAGUGCCAAUGCUGUGGCAACCAACUCAUUGCAAUAUCAUCGCCCUUCAUUGCCCGCGGCGAAACUAACAAUCCGCGACGAAGAAAUGGCCGAAGUUAUACGCGCUUCGAUGAGCGACGGCGCCAGCCGCUCAACGCAGAAGACGAUCACUUUCUUCAAGGGACACGGCAUGAAAUCGCUGGGCUUCAGCAUUGUGGGUGGGCGUGACUCGCCAAAAGGCAAUAUGGGUAUUUUCGUAAAGACUGUAUUCCCAUCGGGACAAGCGGCGGAUGAUGGCACACUGCAGGCGGGCGAUGAAAUAGUCGAGAUUAAUGGCACUUCGGUGCAAGGCAUGAGUCAUGCUGAAACCAUACGGCUGUUCAAGGAUGUGCGUGAGGGUGCGAUAGUGCUGAAGGUGUUGAGAAGGAAAUUACAAAAGGCCAAAUCAAUGGGCGCUUAAACGGUGCACCAAAAACGCUAGUAGGAGCGUAGUUAUCGCGAGUUAGAGCCGCUUGUUAAAUUUAUUAGAAUUAAAUCUAAUUUAAUGUAAAAUAAAUAAAUAAUGUAUGCAGAUCUGUAAGUUAGUGUUAAAACAAAAACCGUUUGUAAUAUGUUAUGAAAUAGUCUAAUUUAUGUAGUGAUAAGCUCGAGCUUGAUUUUAAACAAUAAAAUAAAUUAUUAAAGUGUAA